ACUCACACAUGAUCACGUGCACGCAUGUACAGCGUGCGCACACACACACACACACACACACACAUGCACUCACACACGCGCGCACGCGCACACACCCGGCGUGCGUCAUGCGUCCUGAAAGUAGCUCGCUUCCUCGGCUGGAGCGCGUCAAGACGCACACGAUGAGCUCCUUCGGCGGCAGCGGCUGAGGGGCUGCCCAGCCCGCCUCUCCACCCCUGCAUGCCCUCCCCGCACCGCCCCGGGAAAGUUGCACACCAACUAUGGAUUACCUCACCGCCACGGGCAACCACAGCAACGCCACCGGGGGCUACCCUCCAGGGGUGGAGGUGGUCGCGGACUGGCUGGGCUCCGACAACGGCACCGGUUCUGCGGGGUUCUCCCCCCACAUGGAGCUGGGCUAUCAGGUGCUCACCUCCCUGCUCCUGGGGGCCCUCAUCUUGUGCUCCGUGUUCGGCAACGCGUGCGUGGUGGCCGCCAUCGCCCUGGAGAGGUCCCUCCAGAAUGUGGCCAACUACCUGAUCGGAUCCCUGGCCGUGACAGACCUCAUGGUGUCGGUGCUGGUGCUGCCCAUGGCGGCCCUGUACCAGGUUCUGAACAAGUGGACUCUGGGCCAGGGCAUCUGCGACUUGUUUAUCUCCCUGGACGUGUUGUGCUGCACGUCCUCCAUCCUGCACCUGUGCGCCAUCGCGCUGGACCGCUACUGGGCCAUCACGGACCCCAUAGACUAUGUCAACAAGCGCACCCCGAGGAGAGCCGCGAUCCUCAUCAGCGUCACCUGGCUGGUGGGCUUCUCCAUCUCCAUCCCGCCCAUGCUGGGGUGGAGAAGCGCAGAAGACCGCGCUGACCCGGACGCGUGCAUCAUCAGCCAGGACCCGGGCUACACCAUCUACUCCACCUUCGGGGCGUUCUACAUCCCCCUCAUCCUCAUGUUGGUCCUCUACGGGCGGAUCUUCAAGGCGGCUCGCUUUCGGAUUCGGAAGACGGUGAGGAAAGAGAAAGUGAAAGCCGACAGGUGCUUGACUUUGUCCCCGGCGGCGCUCCACAAGAGCGUGGAGGCAACCAGGCCGUGCGUAAACGGCGCCGUGCAGUUCGGCGACGAGGGCGAGUCCCUGGAGGUGGUGGAGGUGAGCAGCUCCAAGAGCCACCUGGCCCUGCCCAACACGCCGCAGUCGUCGUCGCACGAAAACCUCAACGAGAGGAACUCUGGGGCCAAGCGCAAGUUGGCCCUGGCGCGGGAGCGCAAGACGGUGAAGACGCUGGGCAUCAUCAUGGGCACCUUCAUCUUCUGCUGGCUGCCCUUCUUCAUCGUGGCCCUGGUGCUGCCUUUCUGCGCCGAGAGCUGCUUCAUGCCGGACUGGCUGGGCGCCGUCAUCAACUGGCUGGGCUACUCCAACUCCCUGCUCAACCCCAUCAUCUACGCCUACUUCAACAAGGACUUCCAAAGUGCUUUCAAGAAGAUACUCAAGUGCAAAUUCCACAGGCCGUGAGCGUGGCGCCACGGCAUUAGGUACACCUGGCAGAGCGUUGUCUGUCAGGCUUGACGAGGCGAUUAUCGCUGGCGUGGCAUCACAUGUUGCGCGUUGACAUGUGAUGUCAAACGUUUGUUUACGCAGCGCAGCUCCCCCUGCAGGUGCCUUGUUGAACUUGCAGGUACAGAGGGACACACGUUUGACAGAGAGGUAAUCAUUUUUUUUUUUACUUUCUUUAAUUUUUACUUUGGGUAAUAUGUUUUUCAUUCAAUACUGCUCAAUUCUUGUAUUUUUUUUCCAGUAACUCUUUAGUAUGGGGAACAAAGACUUAAUUAAGAAAGUUAAAGUUUAAAGUUAAAAAGUUAAAGUACCAAUGACAGUCACACACACACAAUAGGUGUGGUGAAAUUUGUCCUCUGCAUUUGACCCAUCCCCUUGUUCACCCCCUGGGAGGUGAGAGAGCAGCGGUGAAAGAGGUAAACAAAAAUAUGACAUGCAACUUUUGACACAGGUGCAUGCAUGUCCUAUACUCAACAACACCCGUGCUCACAUAACCAGCAACACCCUCAUCUCAGCAGAAUCAUUUUUGGUGAUUUAACCCCCAAUUCCAACCCUUGAUGCUGAGUGACAAGCAGGGAUGUAAUGGGUCGCAAUUUUAUAGACUUUGAUAUGACUCAGCCGGGGUUUUGAACUCACAACCUACCGAUCUCAGGGCGGACACGCUAACCACUAGGCCACUGAGUAAGGGGAGAGUUAUUUGGACACUAGGGGAACAUAUUGUAAAAAACAAAGACUUAAUUUAGAGUUAUGGCCAUGCAGAAU